UACACGCUCCGGGCAAGUCGGAUACUUGGAGAAACGUGAUAGAGUUACGGUUACUUUUGAACUAUGCCACAUGGCGUUGAAUGAAAGCCGGACAUUCCCCACGAACAGGAGAUGGAGUGAGUUAACGACCCGGCGGGAAGCUAGCUGCAACUUGUGAUCAGACAAACUUAACUCCUCUCGCUAAGGGCUGAAGUUGGAGGACCCCGGAGAGCUUCCCCGGUUAUACUUGUAAAGACACAGGUAACAGGAUCGCACCUGUGAUGUAGUUGUUUCACAGUACCGGCCGCCGUUCUUUAACGACCUUCCAGAGGAGGGGGUCUGCGAUCGUUCUCCUUUCGCAGCGAUGGACGACGACACCCAGACCCUGAAGCCCAGACGCAUCCAAAAUCAAAAUGUGGUCCAUCGCCUUGAGAGGCGCAGGAUCUGUUCGGGCCGACCCGGAGCGCACUGGUACAGGGUGCGCUGCUUCCACCAGAACCUUUUCCCCAACUUCACUGUGGUCAACGUGGAGAAGCCCCCCUGCUUCCUCAGGAAGUUCUCGCCGGAUGGACGCUGUUUCAUCGCCUUCUCUUCUGACCAGACCUCUCUGGAGAUAUAUGAAUAUCAAGGCUGCCAAGCGGCCCAGGACCUGCUGCGAGGUCAAGAGGGAGAGACUCUUCUCACGGCCAACGACCAGCGUUCCCUCAACAUCCGGGGCCGCCUGUUUGAGCGCUUCUUCUCGUUGCGCCACGUCACCAACGUGGCCUCGAACGGGGAACACCUCAACCGGGAGUGCAGCCUCUUCACAGACGACUGCCGCUAUGUGAUUGUCGGCUCGGCUGUGUAUGUCCCAGAGGAGCCGCCGCCUUACUUCUUUGAGGUGUAUCGCAACAACGAAUCGGUGACUCCCAACCCUCGGUCUCCCCUAGAAGACUACUCCCUCCACAUUAUCGACCUCCAUACGGGCCGACUGUGUGACACCAGGUCCUUUAAGUGUGACAAGAUCAUCCUGUCCCACAACCAGGGCCUCUACCUCUACAGGAACAUCCUGGCUGUGCUCUCGGUGCAGCAGCAGACCAUACACGUGUUUCAGGUCACCCCGGAGGGAACGUUUCUAGAUGUUAGGACCAUUGGGCGGUUCUGUUACGAGGACGACCUCUUGACCCUCUCGGCAGUUUACACUGAGGCGCAGGCCGAGAGUCAGCCGGGCUUCCCCCGCCUCUACACCGACAAAACCAUCAACUCCCUCAAGCACAGGCUGCUGGUCUACCUGUGGAGGAGGGCGGAGCAGGACGGCAGCGCCACCGCCAAGAGGAGAUUCUUCCAGUUUUUUGAUCAGCUGAGGAGGCUGAGGAUGUGGAAGAUGCAGCUGUUAGACGAGCAUCACCUCUUCAUUAAAUACACCAGCGAGGACGUGGUCACACUCCGAGUAACCGAUCCCUCGCAGCCGUCGUUCUUCGUCGUGUACAACAUGGUGUCCACGGAGGUGCUGGCCGUCUUCGAGAACACCUCCGACCAGCUGCUGGAGCUUUUUGAGAAUUUCUGCGACCUGUUCCGAAACGCCACGCUGCACAGCCAGGCCGUCCAGUUCCCCUGCUCCGCCUCCUCCAACAACUACGCCCGGCAGGUCCAGAGAAGGUUCAAGGACACCAUAGUGAACGCCAAAUACGGCGGGCACACGGAGGCGGUGCGGCGGCUGCUUGGUCAGCUGCCCAUCAGCGCCCAGUCGUACAGCAGCAGCCCGUACCUCGACCUCUCCCUCUUCAGCUACGACGACAAGUGGGUGUCGGUGAUGGAGAGGCCCAAGAGCUGCGGAGAUCACCCCAUCAGGUUUUACGCGCGGGACUCCGGCCUGCUGAAGUUCAAGAUCCAGGCCGGCCUGCUGGGUCGGCCGGUGAAUCACGCCGUGCGGCGUCUGGUCGCCUUCACCUUCCACCCCUUCGAGCCCUUCGCCAUCUCCGUGCAGCGCACCAACGCCGAGUACGUGGUCAACUUCCACAUGAGGUGCGCGUGAGGAGCAGACGCACACACGGUAACCUCGCACUUGGGAUCAAAUUGCAGGAGCGGUACAGCAAACCGACAAAACAGUGUUCUGUGAGUCGCCCCCGCUCCUCCUCCUCCUCCUCCUCUGCGUUCUCCUGCUGAUGGAAAAGCACUGUUCCUCUGUUCCUCGCCUCUUUCCCCCUCCAUCACCCAGUGGUCGCUGCACUUCCGCCACUCCUCCCCCUCCGCGAGAAGGCAGCAAUUCUGCCUUUCUUUCCUUUCGUUCGCCUCCUCUUUCCUCCCACCCCCCCCUCUUUUCUCCUCCCCCCCUUUCCCUCGGCAGAACAAAGAGGGACCUGUCGGGAGGAGAGCCUGGAAUAAGUGUAAAUGGAGAUGUAGAGCGAGUGAAUAAUGUGCGGCGGAGGUGGGAAGCCGCAGGUAGCCGGACGAACCAACGCUCUUUUCUUUUCUUUUCUUUUUUCUACCGCUGAACAUUCACACAGAGCUGAACAUUCAUAUCAGAGCUGCUCGUCCAGUUGGUCGACGACCAGCCGUCCAGCAAACUUUAUUUUUUCUCACAUGGAUUGGGAAAGAGUUAAUUUUUUAUUAUAUUGCUUUUACACGCUUUUACAUAUUGCCACUUGUAUAUAUUUUAUGCCAAUAAAACUGUCUACAUUUUG